CAUGAAGUUUUAAUUGAGAUGAAUUACAAAGUGAAUACUGGUUUAACCAACUUUCGUAAAGUCAUUUUCCAAUCAACGAAUUCGUCAACUGGUGAGAAGAAAGACCCGCCGAAAGACAAAGUUCUUAUUCUUUACUGGUCGACGUAUUUUGGUAAUCAAGUGGUCUGCGAUGAACCCACUCCUAGAAGUAAAAUCUGUAAUAAUGCAAAUCUAAAACAUUGCACUAUUCCUUGUGAGAUAACAGCAAACCGAAGUCGAGCUGCAAACUCAAGUGUAAUGAUAAUUCAUGCAAGAGACCCGCAAUUUCCACCAAUACAAUACAGCCAUAUUCCACUCGUUUUGUUCACUUGGGAAAAUCCUGUUUACAGUCCGUUGGUUUCCAAACCUGAAUUUGUCUCCAAGUUCAACUACCUCAUGAGUUAUCGACCUGAUUUAGCGGACUUUUUCUUGCCGACCAUGGAUACGCCAACUGUGGAGCCGAAACCCAUCCCAUUUGUCAACAAGACUGGGCUUAUAGCUGCAGCCUUUUCUCACUGUGAAAAGGCGAGAACAGUAUAUCUGAAAGAACUUAUGAAACACAUCCAAGUAGACUCGUAUGGAAAAUGUCUAAGAAAUAUAAAUGCUGGAUUAAAAGAGCGGUACCAUGGAGAUUUCAAACAGGCAAAGACAAAGUUACUACGAAAUUACAAGUUUACCAUAGUUUUUCUCAACCAAGACUGUGAUUAUUUUGUCGACGAUCAGCUAACACACGCUCUAAAUGCAGGAACCAUUCCUGUUUUCAUGGGUACUGACAAAGUAGACGAGUUACUUGGAGGAAACCUAAAGAAAGCCAUUAUCAAAGUACGAGACUUUGCGAACCCCAAGAAAUUAGCAGAAUAUUUGGUGAUGGUUAGUCAAAACGAAACCUUAUACAAUAGAUAUCUAACAUGGAAAUACCAUGGGUUCCAGUUUCCGAAGUCAUUCCUUACUACUCCACAAGGACAAGGAAUGCAGUUUUUAACACAUCCUCAAUACUGUCAACUAUGCGAGACAAUAGCAGCCUCCCGUAAAACUGGACAAUUCAAGAAAAAGGGCUCAGUAAAACCUGAAUAUUGCAAGCCCAGAAAAGUACACGACUGGUUACCAAACAGUAAUCAUAGUUCUUACUAGUGAUUCUAAAGACGCUUAUAUAAGGUCUUUGAGGUUUUUGAGUUAAACCUGUUACCUGUUAAGAAUUUAGUGAUAGUUAGUACUUUAUUUUACGUGGUACGUAGGGCACUCAAUCUUCUACACUUUUAGAAAUCAGUUUGCAAUAUUUACUACUAGGGUGGCCGUUU